UGGUGUGUCGCCGUGGGCGCCCCUCUUCCCCUUCUCUUCUCUUUUCUUCUUUCUUCCGUUUUCCCGCCGCCACCACCACCACCAUCGCCCUCGCCGCCGCCUGCUAGGCCAUGACGAGUAAGACUCGGCGUCCUGCUGGUGUCUUGUCCACGGGCGAGGCCAACUUUGGCAUCGUCUAUCCUCGAAUUCCCAUCGUGGGCUGUCUAGACAGCCAUGGAAGCCACCCGGCGUUUCCUCCCAUCACGUUAAUGACAAAGGGCCCAAUCUGUCUGAAAGAGCUCGAGCGAGAUCUUGGAAUCGAUUCGGCCAUGCGGGCGGCCACGGGGAACAAACCAUCAGUCGAUCCCGGCAUCGCUCUUUUGCCCCGAGACUGCCCCACCCCCCGAAAAAGGCAGAGGCGAUGAGCCCCGGGCGGGCAGCAACGACGUCUUCGACAGGUAGUAACUUCGCAGAUGUGAGUAGCGUGACAGGCGAUUUCUGUUUGGUCGACGGAUGGGAUGCCGAGUUUCUUGCUUUUUUUGGGGAGGGGGUUUCCUGUGUGCGCGAUGGCGGGCCG